GCUGCCUCGCGCAGAGCACGUGCGAGGAGAGCAGCUGUUACCCGGCAACCGGAGACCUGCUGAUUGGCCGGCAGCAUCGGCUGGUGGCGACCUCUACGUGCGGCUUUAAUCGGCCGGAGCGCUACUGCAUCGUCAGCCAUUUGGACGAGAGCAAGAAAUGCUUCGUGUGCGACUCGACGCGUCCGUUCGUAGAUGGCGUGACAAGCACCGACAAGAGUCACAGGGUUGAGAAUGUAGUCAACACGGGAGGCUGGAUCAGCCGCAAGAAGACGUGGUGGCAGUCUGUGAACGGCGUUGCGAACGUGUCCAUUCGUCUGGACAUGGAGGCGGAAUUUCACUUCACGCAUCUCAUCAUGACCUUCAAGUCGUUCCGACCUUCAGCCAUGUUCAUCGAGAAGUCUUCCGACUUCGGAAAGUCCUGGAAGAUUUACAGGUGGAUCUACAUCGCUCUGCCGCGUCGAUCAGCCGGACGACCCGUGAUCUACAUCGCUCUGCGCCGUCGCAUCAGCCCGGACGGACCCGAUACAGCCCCGCCAGGUGCAUUGACACUUCUCAAAGUGACGAACCUUCGCAUUCAACUUCACCGGCUGCACCCGCUCGGCGACAACCUUCCUCGCCAGCGCGAGGCAGAUCAAGGAGAUGUAUACUACGCGAUCUACGCACGUCGUCACCUCGUGCGCGGCAGCUGCAGCUGCUACGGCCACGCGAGCCGCCUGCCUGCGCUAGAGGGUCCAGACGGCCGUCGCGUGGAGCGCGCCAGCGUGGUGUACGGCAGGUGCGAGUGUGCUCACAACACGCAGGGCCUCAACUGUGAGCUGUGUGAGAACCUGUACAACGACCGGCCGUGGGCGCCCGCUCGCGAACGCAACCCCAACGCCUGCAAGCGCUGCCAGUGCUACGACCAUGCGGCGAAGUGUCACUUUGACCCAGCGGUGUACGAGGAGUCCGGCUACACGAGUGGCGGUGUCUGCGACGACUGCAGACACAACACGAUGGGACGCCACUGCGAGCAGUGCAAGCCGUUCUUCUACCAUGUGCCGGACAAGGACAUGAACGACCCGUACAGCUGCGAACCGUGUAACUGCGACCCGAUCGGCUCGCUGAACGAUGGAGAGUGUGACCCCAGCGACGACCCUGACUACGACCUUCAGGCCGGCCGCUGCCACUGCAAGACGUACGUCGGCGGGCAACGCUGCGACAGCUGCCUCGACGGAUACUGGAACAUGGACCCGAGCGACCCAGACGGUUGCCAAGAGUGCACAUGCAACAUCUUAGGCACGGUCGGCAACACGGGCUGCGACAAGUACACGGGAGAGUGCAUCUGCAAGCGCAAGGUGGCGGGACGGGACUGCAACGAGUGCCUGCCUGAGCAUUAUGGACUGAGUGAGGACCCCGAAGGCUGCAAGGCCUGCAACUGUGACCUAGGUGGCGCUUACGACAACAACUGUGACAUUGCAACGGGCCAGUGUUCGUGCAAGAAUCACAUGGGAGGCCGCCAGUGCAACGAACCCGACCCCAACUACUUCUGUGUCUAUCUCGACUACUUCACAUUCGAGGCCGAGGACGCGAGAGGCAAUGACCUGACCGUGGUGGAAUACAGAGAGCCGUAUCCUGACAGGGAACCCACGUGGACCGGCCCCGGCUUCAUGAAGGUGCAGGAGGGCGGUGUGCUAGAAUUCUUUGUCGCCGGUCUACAUACCUCGAUGGAGUAUGACAUCAUCAUCCGCUAUGAGCCGAGGAUGCCAAACCCAUGGGACAGUGUGCGAAUAACAAUAGAACGUCCGGGACCGGUCGACCCGACUGGACAAUGCGGAAACACGAUUCCCAACGAUGACUACAAGUACGCCCGCAUGGAUCCCGCUAACCGCUACCAGGUGGUGACACCGUCCGUGUGCCUGGAGCGAGGCGUUGCUUACACGAUCAAGCUGGAGUUUGACGAGUAUCGGCGCGGAGAGGUGAACCCGUCCGCAGCCGUGUUUGUUGACUCGAUCGUGCUCGCGCCGAACAUAGACCAGCUGUCGAUGUUCAGCGGCGACCCGGUGAAGGAAUACUACAAGCGCGAGUUCACGCACUACCGCUGCGACGUCGCGCAGCUGCAGGUCACCAAGCCGGAGCUGCAUCCGUCCUGCUCCAAGUACAUCUGUAGCAUCAGCGCCAUACUGACGGGCGGCGCCGAAUCGUGCGACUGCAACCUAGAAGGAUCCUCCAGCAACAUCUGUGACAAGAGCGGUGGCCACUGCCUGUGUAAACCCAACGUGAUAGGCAGGGAGUGUGACCAGUGCGCUCCCGGUACCUGGGGGUUCGGACCUGAUGGCUGCACGCCGUGUAACUGCAACCAGAUCGGUGCGCGUAACAGCUUCUGCGAGGACGCGGCCGGCCAGUGCGACUGCAUCCCCAACGUCUACGGCAAGCAGUGCGACCAGUGCGAGCCCGGAUUCUGGAACUUUCCCGACUGUCGACCGUGCGAGUGCAACGGGCACGCGGCGCUGUGCGACCAGCGCUCCGGUGCCUGCAUCGACUGCCAGGACCACACCGAUGGCGGCAACUGUGAGAGGUGGGUGAGAGGUAUCCGCUGCGACCGCUGCGAUGAGAACUACUACGGCAGCCCGCUGCAGGAGAACGGCACGUGCACGCCGUGCGACUGCAGCAACAACGUAGACAUCGCGCAGCCGGGAAACUGCGAGCGCGAGACGGGCGACUGCCUGCGCUGCCUCUACAACACCGCCGGGCCGCACUGCGAGUACUGCCGCGACGGUUACUAUGGCGACGCGCUCGAACACGACUGCGCAGGGUGCACAUGUAACAUCCUCGGUACGAACCACUCCGCGGGAGCGUGCGACCUCUAUACCGGCCAGUGCCAAUGUCUGCCGAACGUCAUCAACCAGUAUUGCGAUGAAUGCGCGCUCAACCACUGGAAGAUUGCGAGCGGGGAGGGCUGCGAGUCGUGUGCGUGCGAUCCGGAGGGCUCCCUCAGCGAGCAGUGCAACCAGUUUGACGGUCAGUGUGAGUGCAGGGAGGGCCGUGGAGGCAGAGACUGCGCAGCCUGUAAGGAUGACUACUGGGGCGACCCGGCGAUCGAUGAGUGCUACGCGUGCGACUGUGACCAGCAGGGAUCGGCGACGCGGCAGUGCGACCGUCGGACGGGCCAGUGCGUGUGUCUGCCGGGCAUCACCGGGUGGCGCUGCGAUGCAUGUCAGCGCGGCACGACCGGCGAGCUGCCGAACUGCGUGCCGUGCGGAGAAUGCUUCGACAACUGGGACAUGAUCAUCAGCGGCCUGAUGA